ACCCUCUCUCUGCGCAGAAGCUCGCAAACAACGAGAGAAAGAGACGCGCGCGCGUGCUCCUGACGCUGUGUGAUGCACCUCGCACGGGCGCGAUAAUUUCCGUCCAGGACAAAUUUAUCCACCGUCACCGAGACGGCGAAAGGAAGCCGGGGAAACGAUCGACGUCGAGCCGACCCGUCCGAGCGAGAGUCGUCCUGCGAACGGAAAGGACUCUCUUCUUUUCUCCCUCUCUCUCUCUCUCUCUCUCUCUCUCUCUCUCUCUCUCUCUCUCUCUGUCUACGCGAGGAGAAAUUCGCGCGGUCGUUCCCUGCGCGGAACGUCCAUGUCGCCGGUCCUGCGAAUUAAAAUGGCUGUGAUUGGCCGAGUCGACCGCGAGUGACUCUGAAGAACGGACGACGGGAGGCCUUGGACGGAUCGGGAUCCUCUUCGCCGAGGAUCCGGACACCGGUUCUUCGCGCUGCGGUUCAUGAGGUACGGAGGGGCGCGGGCGGAGGGAUGACCCGCUGCGCGCUGGUGCGCAAAAAACUUUGCUGAUCGCCGGGCCCUGCGCCCCGCGGGGGGAGGAGGAGGAGGAGGAAGAAAAUCGUCGAUAUCAAAGACGAAGAGGAGGAGAGAUCGCUCGGUUGAGUGCGAGAGAACUCGCGAGCUCGCGAAGGAUGAGGUCCUACGACGGCGAGAGCAGUUCGACGGAGGAUGAUGAUCGUCGGGAGGGUCUGCCGGAGGCGCACCUCCAGCAAGGAUCCUGGCAACGCUCGGCGUCGCAUCCUACUUGGGCUUGGGAGCACCGCAAUGCCCAUCCACUGCCUCCGCAAUCCGCGGCGUCUCUCGAGUCCGUCUACUCGACACCUGGCGCCUCGCAUCCUGGUGUCUCGGCUCCACCGGCGGCGUACUCGUCGGAGCAUACGCAGAGCGCACCUGGACGGAGGACCCCGCUGGGCGCCGUCGGCCUCGGCGGCUUUUAUUUCCAGCAGCAACCCCAACCGCACGCCUCGUCGAGCGCGUUGUCCGACGAGAAUCGGCCCGACGAGAGACCCGGAGCAUCGCGACUCAACUGCCCGCCAAAGUCGAAGACGACUCGUCAGGGGAAGAGCGUGAGGCUCAACAUUAACGCGCGAGAACGCAGGAGGAUGCACGACCUGAACGACGCGCUGGACGAGCUUCGCUCCGUCAUCCCCUACGCCCACAGUCCCUCAGUGAGGAAGCUGUCCAAGAUAGCCACUCUUCUGCUGGCGAAAAAUUACAUUCUCAUGCAAGGAAACGCCUUGGAGGAGCUCCGAAGAGUGAUAGCCGUCCUGCAAUCGCCGCACGCUCACACGACCGCCCUGCCGCCCACGCCCGUCUCCUACGACCUGCUUCAGGGCUUCCCGGGCAAGCUGUUCCAGGGGGUCCAGGAGAUGCAAGGGCUUCCAACGGGCGACCCUCAGAUCGUGACCGCCGGAGGCCCGCCGACCGACGGCACGGUCGCCAGCGGGGAAUCUAAUUAAGGAACUCGGUCCAUUUUUGUCACGACUGCUGCGAGGAUUCUCUCGCUCGUCCGUGACGUUUUUCUUCCCCGCGAGAGAGCAACUUGGGCUUGGGUUCGUGCUUGGGCCAAGCUGCGGGCUCAGAGUGACGAAACUGAGCCGACCACGGCGAGAAACGCGAACCGCCAGCGCGCGGAAAUCCUUCAGAUAAUCUAAGUUCCAGAGAGACGAUUGUAACGAAUAAUUUACACAAAAUCCUGUCUCGCGAGACUUUUAGACUGCUUGCUACACGGGAGGGUCGAGUCUCGAGAGAGUACUCGAAGAAACGGGCACGCCUUUGGCCAUGAAAGUAUUAAUUAUUAGAAAGUAUUAAUUCUUACCGAAGCAAGCACACACACACACACACACAUACACCGAUUAACCCGUCCAAGGGGCAAGCUUUCCUUUUUAAUAUUCACGCAAGCAGUCCUUGUUUGUCGGAGGAUUAAAACGUUCUAAGUCGAAGGAUCCGUGUCGCUUCAUUUCUUCCGUGGCAAGAGUUACUAUGUUAUGAUCAAAUUAAACAGACGAAAUAAACGCGCGUCGAGAGGUGUUAUCGAAAAAUGGGCGAGUUAUUGAAAGAGAUCAAAAUUAGACGGAAAGAUUAACUGGAAUAAGAAAUUGAAGCAACACUUCUCCACGGAAGGAAUCAAACGCACGUUGAUUCCAACGGGCACCCCCGUUUUCUUGUCCUUGAAGGGGCUGAUCGGGCUCGUCUCGACGUCCGAAUAAGGUUUGGGCGAAAGUAACGCGAAAGUAUGGCGAAAGUACUAGUGAUUAAGCGAUUAGCAGUCUAACGAUCCUACAGCCAAUGAUACAGCAAUAAGACAAAGGCGCGUCCUCCCGCGCGUCCUACAGUCUAUUCCCAGAGGAACAGAAUUUUCACCAGGAUAUCGGUCGCGCGACUUUCCUCUAAGAGCGAAGGAAGUUACUCGCAAACUUUGCAGAGUCACGAUCGCCCCGCCAUUUUUCGCACGAGAGCGAAGGAGAACAAUUGCGGAAGAGCCUUGCGUGGGAAGUCGCACGGUCGUUGUCCAGGACAACGCUCGGCGAGGAACGGACAGGAAGUGCGAGGACGUCGCCGGGACUUGGAACGUGGAAACUUCCAGGUCUCGUCGUGAAACUUGAUAGUCAAUAUUAGUAUGUGAUACGUGUCGAGGAGUUCUAGUCAUAUACAACAUAAAGAUAUUGAAUAUUCAUAUACACAUAUACAAUAAAAAAAUAUAUAUACAUAUACAUAUAUAUAUUUAAUAAUCUAAACGAGGCAUCGACUUACGACUUAUUUAUAUACUUAAGAGUCUACUACAAUGUGCCGAAGAUUUAUCUGCUUCGUGUGUGAGCGCGAGUGAGAGAGUGAGAGAGUGAGAGAGUGAGAGAGAGAGAGAGAGAGAGAGAGAGAGA